UGCGUUGGGUUUUGCGCCAGUAGCGUCGAUAGCAAAGAACGUUAGACCAAAUGUUUGUUUGCGUACGAAAAACCGUUGGAAUGCAAACAAUAACGUGGUAUAGUUGUUGUGUAAUUUUGGUUUUUUCCUCUUUGUCUUCCACGGUCAAAAUAGUACCUUUUUGGUGCUGAUACUGUUGCAGCGCAAACCACCACAGGUUAAAAUACGUAACAUAUACAUACAAACAUCACGUAUGUGUAAGAGACAAAUGUAGUUUUUUAGUGGCAGUUUCUUAUAAAUGGAACCAUCGCUAAGGUAUGCGUUUAAUUGCAGCCCAACAAACGGGAGGAUGGUGCAUUAUUUUUUUAGGCAACGAUGGAUUGCUUUCCCACUGUGGAUCUGUACAGUGCUGCAGUUGCUACGAGUGGUUGAAGUUGAGUGUGCCUCUUACCGUCUGGAAGAUCAACCGAUGACAUAUGAAUCGUACGACAUGCAGUGCGGCUAUCAAAGCAAAUGUUGCAGCGAUAAUAGUUGUCCUUCACUGGACGGGCUCGACAGUUUGGAGCGAAAGGCGCGUAGGAAAGCAAUAUUGGAGCUGCUUAACAACGAAGCCACAGUGAAUGAUCCUCGUUUUCUGAUGGAUGGUACGGACUUUGAUGUAAGGUUUUUUAACACCAUAGCAAUCCAACCCUCGGAGCAGCUGGGAGUGCGAGAUACGCUAACCACGCAAAAAGUGCUGGAAGUAUUGUCCAAACGGAGCAGCCGCUGUCAGAUGCGCAACUUGCUCGAUGGAAAGUGCUACUCGAACGUAACGCUCUCCUGCUGCAAAGCUGUCGAAGAACCUUGCUGUGAUCCGCACUAUCCCUAUCGAAGCUACGAUGGAAGCUGCAAUAACCUGGACCAUCCGCGCUGGGGAAUGCGUGGCACCGCUCUGAAACAUCCCAUCGCGCCGUGCUUCAAUGAUGUGGUGUCGCAACCGGCCCGCAGUAGGUCGGGUGCUCCAUUGCCCCAGAAUCGGAAACUUAUAGCCGAGCUGGCAGUGAUGCUCAAAGAGCGGGAGAUUAGCACCACUGCCGAGCUGAACAUGUGCUCCGUGUUUUUGAGUGAGUUCUUCACCCUGGACAUGAUUGGCCGAUCGACCAAGCGCACCAAACGGAGGACGGAUGGUUUCCGCGGUUGCCGUGCCGAUGGUCAUGAUCGGAGUCCAUUCGUAACGCCACUCUCCAAUCCACUGCUCGUUUCACCCAACGAUCCGUACUACGGGCCUAUCGGAGUGCGCUGUCUUAACUUUAGUCCGCAGGAAAGGGCAAACGAUCGGUGCGAGCUGAAACAUAUGGCCGAUCGUAAUUUGCAGAGCAGCUAUUUCGAUCUUUCCAAUCUGUACACCGAGCAAGCGACGUACGAUAAGGACGGUAAGCUGCUGCUGCAGCAGUGUGGAGCGCCCGAGACCAUAACGAACCGGAGACCGAUGUCGGUGCAGUUUUUCGCCGUUGCCGGUUUGUUUGCAAAGUUGCACAAUUACUGCGUGGAUCGGGCACCGCUGAAGGGUAGCGGGCCGGUCGAAGAACGGUGCCGUGCGUUUACGAUCGGCGUGUAUCAGAAGAUCAUUUACGAGCAGCUGUUACUGGUACUGUUUGGUGAAGAGUUUUACAGUGAGUGCGAUUUUAGCUGCGAAUACAAUCCGGACGAGGAGUGUGCCGUCUCGCAGGUGUACAAGCAUGGUCCGGGACGUUUCCAGCAUGUGUGGAUAGGCGAAACGAUGCUUUACAAACCGGCUCGUGGGGAGGCGGAGUGGCGAUCGUUUAACGAUUUCUUCCACAAUUAUGAAUCGUUCGAUUGUUUGGGUGCGCUGGCCGGUUCGCUGGACACGCCGAUCAACGUUGGAAAUCUCGCCAGUGCGAGCGUGGACAAGUUCGUUACGGUGGAUGGAUAUCGUGGCACUAGUCUACCAUGCAUCGAUCUGGCACGUAAUCGUGAUGCCGGGCUGUGUCCGCUGGUUACCUACAAACACCACGUGGAGCAACUGUUCGGAGAGGAGAGCCGAUGUUACAGCACGUUCGAGGAUCUGAGCGAUAUCUUUGCACCAGACGUGAUUGAAUUCUUCUCCCGGCAGUAUGAGCAUCCGGACGAUAUCGAUGUACUGUUUGCGAACAUGGACCAACGAUUCCAUCCCGGUGCUAACCUGCCAAAGAUGGUCGCUCAAUUGACGUGCCUUGAGAUGAAGCGUCUAAAGUGCACGGAUCGGUUCUUCUACACGUGGAAUCCAAAUCUAGGCGAAGGAGCGCGACAACUUAUAGAAGCGAUGGACUUUACAGUGCUAUUGGCUCUGGUGACCGAAAUGGAGGAAGUUCCAUUGCAACCGUUUUUCGUCAGCAGCCCGACUGUUGCAUCGUGUGAUGUGCGAGGCUACAUGCAAUCAUUAGACCAUCUUUUCUCCGAUCUAUAAUACAACUGAAAGUUAUUAAUAAGUAAAUCAUUUUUUCUUGAAUAAGUG